AUGGCGGGUUCGAUGCCCUACCCAGAUUGUCCUGGUGAACCCGAUUGUAUAUUUUGUUUAAGAACCGGCUUGUGUGGCUAUGGGAACAUUUGUAGGUUUAAUCAUCCAACCCACAUUGGUCAGGCCAAUCAACUUCAACUUGGAGGCACGCUUCCAGAAAGAGUUGGAGAACCAGACUGUGUGUAUUUUCCAAAGAUGGGUACUUGCAAAUAUGGAUCAACAUGCAAAUACAAUCAUCCUCGUGAUAGGAGAGGUGUUGGACCAGUGGUGUUAAACAUGGUUGGGUUACCUAUGAGACAGGAAGAAAAAGCUUGUGCACAGGAUCUUGUAAAUUUGGAAUGGCAUGCAAUUUUCAUCAUCCACAGUGAUCAAUGGAUAGAUCUAACAUUCAAUUCCCAUAUUCAUCACAACCACCACCUCUUAUUAAUGGUGGUUCUACAUGGUCAUUACCUAGGGCAACAUAUGUUUCUGAUUUAUUUACCAAUUGUUCUUCCUCAUUCUCAAGGAAUUGGGCCCACACAAGGUUGGAGCACUUACAUGGUAAGGUUAGUUGAUGUAAAUUCUGGGUUUUUGUUUGUGGGUUAUGAAAAGUAUGAUGUCUAA